AACAAUCCUAAAACUCUCCAGUUUAUUGUUGUUGUGGUGGUGAUCAACCAAAAAACUUUCAAAGAUGGCUGAUGCGGAACAUUGGCAGCCAGAGGUGGAAGAAGGGGGGGAAGCUGGGUUGAAAGCUAUCGCCACCAUUGACGCCUUGCCUGACAAUGGCAUUGCAUCUGCGGUUAGCUCUAAAGAAGUCGCCGAUGGCAAUGAUCUGGACAAAAAUGGAGAUGCACAUGUUGAGGAUAUUUUGGAAUUUGAUGACAUUGGUUCCAAUGUUAAUGGAAUCACAAACGGAAGCGAAAGCAGUACUAGUCAAGUCGAAAGCAGAGAAAGCUCCAGAAACGGUGGAGAAGUAGUAGAAGAGGAAAUAGUCGAGUUAGAGUUCGAAAAAGUGAAACCAAAGCUCACAACACAUUCUAUGCAUUGUCCCAAUUGCAAGUCUGAAAUUACAAAAGUUGUUCUUCGUCGUAAGGUCUUCAUCACUAAUCGGUCCCAACCCGAACCAGAACCAGAACCAGAACCUGAACCCAAUCCGGGACUUAUUGUUGGAUGUUUAGCUUGCUUAAGUUUGUUCACUUGUUCAGACGACGGAUGUUUUAACCCAUUCAACAUCUUCCGACCAAGACCGGACACUACUACGAGUCUUGCAUCUUCACCUCCUGCCGGAGAGAAAGGAAACGGCAGCGGAUCAUGUUUCAGCAUGUUUUGGGUUCUCCGGAAGGAAAAAACCAACCCUAUACCAAACAAUCCUCAGCAAUCAGAACCAGUGAAUCCACAUUCAAUAAUAAGUCCCGAACAAGCUGAAGAACCCGUGAAGUCCAUUAUAACUCGCGACCAAGUUCAAGAACCACUGUAUGUGAAUCGACAGUCGGUAAUAAGUCCCGGUCUACUUCAAUCUCAUACAUUUGUCCCAGGGACUACUUCCAAUACCGUGAAAGUAUCUUCUGAAGGUCCUUCUUUGGAUAUCCAUGAGUCACCAAAAAUUGAUGAUGCAAUAAUCCAUGUUGACGAUGCAGGAGAAACCAUAAGUGUUGCACAACCUAGAGGAAGACCAUGGCUUGGUUCUGAUGGUAUUCUUCUCGAGAUCUUGAAGAGUAUUGUUUAUGGAGGUUUAAUGGAGGUCAUUGCAAGCUUAAGUGUUGUAGCAUCCGCAGCUGCUUCUGAUGCCGCAACACUGAGCAUCGUAUCUUUGGCACUCGCAAGUCUUGCUGGUGGGAUCUUCGUCAUCGGACACAAUCUUUGGGACCUUAGAGACGAUUGUUACAAGGAGAACUCAAGCCAAGAAUCAAACAAUGAAGCUACCACCAAGUACAAAGAGGUACUUGGACAAGUAAGCUAUUUCCCAUUACAUGCUUUUUUCGCAAUACUAUCCUUUGUCGUGUUUGGGAUGGUCCCACCAGUUGCAUACGGGUACUCAUUUCAUGAGACCAAUGACAAGGACUAUACAGUCAUAGUAGUUGCAAUUGCUUCUCUCGUAUGUGUAUCGCUAUUGGCAAUAUUCAAGGCUUACAUCAAUAAGUGCACAUUUUUAGAGUACUUUAAGACCGUGGUGUACUAUAUUACUACCGCAGUAUCAGUGUCAGGCGUGUCCUAUGUUGCUGGAAAUCUAAUUACGAAGUUGAUAGAGGAGUAUGGAUUUUUUGACAUGAAUUCGGGUGGUGGUAUGUCUCUCUUCCCACAUGCCACCAUCUCGUCUCUAGCAUCUGUCUGAUGUGUGAGAGUAAUGAUCAUUUCUUGAAUUUGUUUUGUUAUUCAUGAUUAUUUGUAUUAUUUCAAUUAUUCCUGAACAUUUCUUGAAUUUUUUUGUUAUUCAUAAUUAUUCGUAUUAUUUCAAUUAUUCCUUUUUUUGAA